ACACUAAUCAUAACGCUUGCCUAAACAUCUCCAACAACCUGCUAAACAUUCAAUGUACAAGGCAUAAAAAUGUCGCUGCUUUUGCAAGAGGCGAAAGAUUCUAGAUAAUUUGCUAGUGUUAUUUUGAUGCUAAAAACUGAUUAUUUGAAACACAAGUUUUAGAUUUUGUCGAAGUGUUUUUCUAUUAUUUCUCACUUGAUAAUAUUUAAUGAGUGAAAAAAAGUGAAUUUAGUUAAAGAGACAUCUUGUCAUUGGAUCAUUGGAAUAACCAUAGUAACAAAGCGGACUGGGUAUUGAUUUUUGGUCCUGCAUGGGUAUUGAUCCAGUACAUAGCUUGAGAUUCAGUCUAAAUUAACCAACUGUGGCACAGUCUAAAUUGCUGCUGAAGACAGUCGGUAACCUCUAUAUAUGGAUUUUUGCCCUUUCCUGGAAGAUUUUUAGAAUAUCUGUCAGUAAAAGUGUAAUAUUUAUCUCUGAAUGGUGGAAUUUAUGCUGGUUGAGAAAGGGUAGGAACAGUGAGAGAAGAAAUGGCGAGAAGGACUGACGGAAACACCAGCUUUCUGCGUGCGGCACGUGAUGGCAACCUGGCGGAGGUGCUAGAGUAUCUGAAUGGUAGUACAGACAUUAACACAAGUAACCCUAAUGGGUUGAAUGCUCUACAUUUGGCCUCCAAGGAAGGCCAUAUUAACAUUGUAACAGAGCUGCUUAAACGUGGGGCAAGUGUUGAGGCAGCAACAAAGAAAGGGAACACAGCACUUCACAUUGCAUCUCUAGCUGGUCAUGAAGAUAUUGUCAAGAUGCUCGUUGCUAACGGUGCCAAGGUCAAUGUACAGGCUCAGACUGGUUUCACACCACUAUAUAUGGCAGCUCAGGAGGGCCAUUCUGAUGUAGUGAAGUUUCUUCUGGCUAAUGGGGCUAGCCAGAGUCUCUCCACUGUUGGAAUAAAUAACAAUGAGUAUGCAGAAAAAAGGAGGAGUCAGAUAUCAUCGGGAUCCCAGGAUGGAUUCACUCCCCUGGCCGUUGCCUUACAACAAGGACACGAGAGAGUGGUAGCCGUACUGCUAGAACAUGACACAAAGGGCAAGGUUCGACUCCCAGCGCUCCACAUUGCUGCCAAGAAAGAUGACACCAAGUCUGCAGCUUUAUUACUACAGAAUGAACAAAACUCAGUUGACCUUGAAACCAAGGGUGCAGGACUUGUUAAUGACACAACUAAGAGUGGUUUCACACCUCUUCACAUAGCCUCCCAUUAUGGAAAUGUUAAUGUUGGUACCCUGCUCAUUCAGAGGGGAGCAGAUGUCAACUUCAGAGCCAAGAACAACAUUACUCCCCUACACGUUGCUGGAAGAUGGGGCAAGAAUAACAUGAUCAUCCUGUUGCUAGACAACAAAGCAACUAUAGAUGAAAAAACAAGGGAUGGACUGACCCCCCUUCACUGUGCUGCUAGAAGUGGUCAUGAGAAUGUGGUAGAUACUCUGCUUAUCAGAGGUGCACCUUACCAGGCUAAAACUAAGAAUGGUUUGACCCCCCUGCACAUGGCUGCCCAGGGAGACCAUGUUGACUGUGCACGACUCCUACUGUACCACAAGGCCUCAGUGGAUGAUGUUACAAUGGACUACCUGACACCGCUGCACGUGGCUGCCCACUGUGGUAAUGUUAACACGGCUAAACUGCUCCUUGACAGGAAAUGUGAUCCCAACAGCCGAGCCCUCAAUGGCUUCACACCACUACAUAUUGCAUGUAAGAAGAACAGAAUCAAGGUGGUGGAGCUUCUCCUCAAAUACGGAGCCUCCAUUGAGGCUACUACAGAGUCUGGUUUGUCACCACUACACGUUGCUUCCUUCAUGGGACAUAUGAACAUCGUCAUUUAUCUGAUACAACAUGGAGCAAAUCCCGACUACCCAACAGUCCGUGGUGAGACAUCGCUACAUCUGGCUGCACGAGCACAACAAACUGACAUUAUUAGAAUCCUCCUCAGAAAUGGAGCUACAGUAGAUGCACGUGCAAGAGAGCAGCAGACGCCUCUCCACAUUGCAGCCCGGCUCGGUAAUGUUGACAAUGUUGUACUCCUAUUACAACAUGGAGCCAAGCCGGACGCCACGACCAAAGACUUGUACACACCACUGCACAUUGCAGCCAAAGAAGGACACGAGGAGGUUGCCUCCGUCUUACUAGAACAUGAUGCCAAUCUUAACCUUACUACCAAGAAAGGAUUCACUCCCCUGCAUAUUGCUGCCAAGUAUGGCCAGUUGAAGGUUGCCAAGUUGUUGCUACAGAAAGACGCGAACCCAGAUGUACAGGGCAAGAAUGGGCUCACACCUCUACAUGUGGCCACUCACUACAACCAUGUCAGUGUAGCACUCCUGCUGCUCAACAGCAAGGCCUCCCCUCAUUCCACAGCUAAGAAUGGUUACACACCACUGCACAUAGCAGCGAAGAAGAAUCAGAUGGACAUAGCUACAACAUUACUAGAAUAUGGAGCCAAACCUGACGCUGAAUCCAAGAAUGGUUUCACGCCACUACAUCUAGCCAGUCAGGAGGGCCACACAGAUAUGGUCUCUCUGCUGUUGGAACACAAGGCUAAUGUCAACCCAAAAUCUCACAAUGGAUUAACUGCCAUGCAUCUGGCUGCCCAGGAAGAUAAAGUCCCAGUCGCUGAGGUGCUUGUUAAAUACAAGUCACAGAUUGAUCCACAAACAAAAGCUGGUUACACUCCACUACAUACAGCCUGCCACUUUGGUCAGACCAAUAUGGUACGCUUCUUACUGGACCAUCAGGCAUCAGUCAAUGCUACCACCAAGCUUGGAUAUACACCACUGCAUCAAGCAGCCCAGCAAGGUCAAGUUAGUGUGGUCAACUUGCUACUUAAACACAAGGCUUCACCGAACGCAGUCACAAAUAAUGGGCAGACACCUUUGUCUAUAGCCCAACGUCUUGGUUACAUCUCCGUCGUAGACACACUUAAGGACAUCACCGAGGUGACCGAGACAAUACCAGCCAGCGAUGAUAAAUACAAGGUUGUCUCCCCUGAAACCAUGCAGGAAGCUUUCCUCUCAGACUCGGAGGAUGAAGGAGACGUUGACAAUUGGCUUGGAGAUGACUAUAUGCCACAGUCUCCACUCUUCGGAAAGCCUCUCUCUGAACAGCACGUAUAUUUACCAUAUUACGAAGGCAAUAAAAACCGGGAAGAUGCACUGUCAGAUAGGGCUGGAAGUGUUUCCCCUCUGAAUACAUCCUACGAUAAGGAUGUUGUCAUGCGGAGGGAGACCGAGGACGCACGUCGACGCCUCAAAAGUGAGAUGAGUACCGCCCUACAUUACCCUUCGUACUUGGAAGGGGGCCCUGACUAUGAAGCUGAAAUGAGAUACUUUAGCGGGGACACUCUUUCCCCUAGAGAUAAGGAGAAAAAAUUACUUUCUGGAGAUUACUCGACAAUGGGCUCCGAUUUUUCCACGCUUGAACGAGAUAGUGCUGACGGCAGUAGAAAGUUGAUCCGAUCGGUUGACGCGAGUCAAAACUCGCUCGAUGCCGAUGAUUAUAUCACUGACGACUCGAUCAAAAAGAACUCACUUCUGUUCGGAGAGGAUUUUUACGAACGAAAAUCUGUGCGUCUGCAACAGACAGAGGCCGCCAGGCAGCGUGACCUGAUUGACUCAAGGAUAGGUAUACCCUCAAAGUCUAAGGCUUAUUCUACGGAUCUUGUUGAUGGACAUGAUCUUAGUAAUAAGUUUGAAUACCUCCCUGAUGAUUCCAUUGACACUUCGCGGCAGGAUUAUAUGGAAGCGACAAUGGCGGGAAGUUUUGAGGCACCUAUAAUGCCACAGAAAGCUGACAACCGGUACAUGGCCGCACCAGGAAAAUCGGAAGGAACAAGAUUCAGUUCUUACAGUGGCUCGUCCUUUAAUACACAUUUCGACCCUGAUAACAUUGCUCUUGAUAAAUCUCCAGUGUACUCCGGCAAACUUAAAUGGAAAAGCUUCCUGGUGAGUUUCAUGGUGGAUGCCCGGGGUGGGGCUAUGAGAGGUACACGCCACAGUGGUAUCCGGUUUGUCAUCCCACCGGGCAAGGCGUCCAUGCCGACAAGAAUACUUUGCCGUCUGAUCAAGAAAGAGAAGCUCCUUCACCCGCCGGUCGUGAACGAGGGAGAGGCCCUGGCUAACCGAAUCAUAGAGAUGGGACCACAUGGAACUAAAUUCUUGGGACCUGUUUUGAUUGAAGUGCCACAUUUUGCCUCACUGAGGGAGAGAGAGCGGGAAAUUCAAAUCAUGCGCAGUGACAAUGGAGAGACCUGGUACGAACAUCCAAUGGUUGCCACUGACGAUGCGGUUGCCCAGGCGAUGGCUGGAACUUUCGAGGGUGGGAAACCUAUUAGUAGCAUGCUGAAUUUUGAGGGCGAGGAUGAACUGGCUGGUAAGAGGAUCACGCGCAUCCUGACCACUGACCUACCCCAGUACUUUGCCAUCAUUUCUCGUGUUAGGAUCGAGAACCAGUACAUCGGAGAAGAAGGGGGCGUGAUCAGUUCUAAGGUCGUACCACAGGUCCAAGCUGUGUUCCCACAGGCAGCACUGAACAAGAAAAUCAGAGUUGGACUUCAGGCGCAGCCAAUAAAUCCUGAGAUAAUCUCCAAGCUGUUUGGUAACCGUGUAGCAUGCAGUCCCAUAGUAACUGUAGAGCCGCGGCGACGUAAAUUCCACAAGCCAAUCACUCUGACAAUACCUGUGCCGAAAUCUGCACAGAAGGGCAUGAUCAACCAGUAUCAGAACGAAAAUCCGACACUACGCCUCCUUUGCAGCAUAACAGGCAAUCAUGCCGUGCAUCGAGGCGGAGCUAAUGCAUCUGUGUGGGAGGAUAUAACAGAGAACAAGAACCUGCAGUUCACCAAUGACUGUGUCUCGUUCACAACCACCGUUUCUGCCAGGUUCUGGUUGAUGGAUUGUCAGGCGACUACCGAGUCGGCAAGCAUGGCUACUGAGAUUUACCACGAGGCUAUCAAUGUACCGUAUAUGGCGAGAUUUGUGGUGUUUGCCAAGCGUACCGGAACCGAGGAAGGUCAACUACGUAUGUUCUGUAUGACCGACGAACGUACAGAUAAAACUCUGGAGAAACAACAAAACUUUACUGAAGUAGCACGCAGCAGAGAUGUAGAGGUACUGGAGGGAAGGCAACAAUUUAUAGAGAUGGCUGGAAAUUUGAUACCUGUCACAAAGUCUGGCGACCAACUCUUCAUCGAUUUCAAAGCUUUUCGUGAGAACCGCCUGCCGUGUACAGUGCGGAUUCGUGACCAAGAUCAAGAGUCGGCCGCCAGAGUGGCUUUCAUGAAGGAACCAAAGGUGGCUAGAGGAGAAGCUCCUCAAAGUCCCAUCUGUAAUCUUAAUAUAACCCUACCAGGAUGGUCCAAAUCAUCUUCUACUAUGGAACUAGAAGGUGAAGCUUCCCUGGAGGUGAGGAAACGACAGUCCCUUCUUAGAGAACAUGGAAUAGUACUGGAGGACAAUGUUAGCCGCGCCCAGAUUAAAUUGACCGAUGUAGCGGACACGUUGCAAGGCGACUGGGUCAUACUAGCUCAACAGCUUGACAUCACGGGGGCGGAGAUUAACGAAAUAAAAUCUGACUACCACACUGUGAAUGAUCAGGCACUGGCCAUGUUACAACUAUGGGUGGCCAAGAAAGGAGAAGAAGCCACAGGAAACACAUUAGAGAAUGGUUUACGACAAGUAAACAGGGAGGAUGUAAUAAAGAAGACAAUGUAUAAUGUUGAAGUGGUAGAGGACGAACUAGAAGCUGCAGCAGCGAGAGCAGCAAUGGACCAAUCAGGCUUCGACAAUUUCGCAGAUGAGAUUGGUAUAUCUAGAGAAUCGUCACUCAAGAAAGGCAUGUCUCUAGAUGUAGAAUAUGAUGAAAAAGACCUUGUCAAGGAGUCAGAAUCAGCAAACGAAGACGAAAAUGUUUCAAUUUCGAGUGAAGGAGAGAGAACGGAGAUCAGAGUAGCACCUCAAGCACCUGUCGAAGGAGACAAUCUUUCAAUAUCUGAAGACAUGUUUGCCACAAUUGAUGAACGCAGAAAAGUUGCGUCAGGUGAUGACGACGAUGAUCGUCCAGAAAUCUCUGAUAAAAAGAAAGAGGCUUACAUAGAUCUAAUAAUGCGUAUGGACGAACUUGAGGACGAACGUGAUAAACGUUACUCAGCAAAUAAAACUCAAGAACUAGAAGAUACAGCCUCAAUUGGAGAAGACACCAUCAUUCAAGAACAAAAGAGAAAAGAUGAUGAUACCAUUGCCAGACUGGAGGCUUUUGGGGUCGAGGCCGAGAUUAAACGGGCUCCCCAGCCUCCUGUCACAGAGUCUGAGCGUCAGGUGGCCGAGGAACAAGCCGUCCUCGAGUCAUCUGUUGACCCCCAGCUUGAAUCCUCGGUUGACGCAGUGGUUGAUUCGAAACCAACCGAAGAAAAAGACGAUGAAGAGGGGACACGCACCCCUCCCCCGAGUCCCGAGGAAAAAUUUGUCCCAGAAUCCAAGGAGGAUAAAAUCAGAGAAGCCAUUGAAAUUGAGGCCACAAGAGUGACUCAGGAUGAGGAGAAAGAAUCCUCUGUUGCCGUUAUUGAAGAAUCGGAACCGGUUGAGGCUUCAGAACCGGAUGCAGACACUGAAGACGCUCAGAAAGAUGAAACUGAUGCUACUGUUGUCGAAUCUACUGAAAUUGUCGAGGAAGAAAUAUCUGAAUCGGUUACAGAAAUCGAGGAGAUAUUUCAGGUGUCAGAGGAUGGCGUUACAUGGAAAACAGUUAAAAAGAUAACAACGAUCACCCCUCGUGGCACUAGUGAAAGAGUUGUGGUUCUUGGAGAAGAAGCUGUCCAGAAGGAGUCGGCUAUUGAUCAGCUUGCAGCUCGGCUUUCUGAACCUCGCGAAGAUGGAACUGCUGAGGAUACCCAAGAUGCUGGAGAAUCUGACCGUUUUUAUGGUGAGCUUGACAAUGUGGAAAGACUGGUAAUACUAUCGAAAGAGAAAACAAUUGAAGAAUCAAUAGACCCACAAAUGGGCAUUGUUACUAGGUCAGAAGCCCCUGUUAGCUUCAUGCCAACAAAAGACAAUGAUCAGGAUGACAAAGAGCCAGAAGGAGAUAUCUUAGGACAAAAAGAACGGGAAAGAAGAGAAUCUGAAAGAAGCACCAGUAGUAGUAGUUCAGAUGAGGAAGACAAAGACAACAAAGAUAAAAUCAAUAAAGACAAAAAAGAAAGAAAAUCAUCUGGCAGCCGGAGUAGUUCAGAAAGUGAAGAGGAAUAUUUUGAAACAGUAGGUGAACCAGAGAAAGAUCUGAAACCAGGUGAUGAACCAAAUUAUCCAGAAGUUGUGGAGGAAAAUGAAGAAAGAGUAGUUUCACCAGUGUCACCUAUAAGAGAGCCAGAGAAUGAUGUCAAAAGGCCAGUGAGUCCUUUGCAAGAACCUGAAAUUGAUUUUAAGCUUGAGUCUCAGAUUCUCCAGCACUCAAUUGAAACAGAUAUUGAUUUCCCAUAUGAAAAGAAUGAUAUGCAAGUUCCUGAAAUAGACAUUGAAUCAAAGUCUGAUAUUAAAAGUGAUGAAGAUGAUAGGGAAUUUGAUACAUUGCAUAGCAUAGAAAACAAUGAACCUAUUCUUACAACAGAAACACAGUUCUUACAAUCACCAAAGGACAAUGGCUCUGGAUUUAUGGAAUUUGAUACUAGGCAACAGUCACAACAAUAUUCAACUGAAAGCUUGGUGACAGUGCCGAAUACAUCUCCAGAAUAUGCUGCAGAAGAGCCUAUGAAAAGUGAUGAAAAUGAAAAAGAUGUCAUAUUAAAAGCAACAGAAGAUGAAAAAAUUGAACAUGAUGCAGAUAAAGAAAUACACAAAAAAGACUCUAAGAAGUUACAUGUAACUUUCGCUGAAACAGUGAUAGACAAUGAAAAAUUUUCGGAUGAAAGUGACACAAGUGAAUCUGAAGGUUCAGCAAGUGAUUCUGAUUCUGACAGUAGCACUGAAGGAAGCAAAGAUUUAAGAGCACAUUUCCCUGAACGGAAGACAACAAGGAAUUCUUCUUCUACAGAAAGUGAUACUGAUAAUGAGGGAGGUUAUGAUGUUGAAGCAGCUUCUAAAGGUGAAUUAGUGACUGAUCUUGAUGCUGUUACUGAUGAAAUAUCUGAGGCAGUGACAUCCUUUCGGUCACCAGAUAUUGAAACUGAGUACAGCACAUUUCCAGACCAACCAACUUCAAAAUUAAAACAUGAAGAUGAGGAAUACAAUGAAGAUCAAAACAUAGAAUUUAUAAGUAAUGUCCCGUUGUCUAUUGAUACUUUAAAAGAAAUACAAAAGGAAACAGAUGUUGAUAACAUUAAAAAUCAAACAGGCAGCAAAAUCGAAAAACAUUCUAGUUCAUCCUCUAGUGAUAAUGAAAGUGAUAACCAGCCAUAUAAUUUUUCUAUAGAAACAGAAAUUGAUAAACAGGUACCAAUUGUUGAAACAGAUUUAGAUGUUGGGAAAAAACCUUCUAUUGAAACAAAUGUUGAUGAAAUCUUUGAUGAUAUUGCAAAUUCCAGCAUGCCUGAAAAGAAACAGUCUGGUUCUUGUAACUCAUCAGAUGAAAGUGAUAGAGAAAAUGAAAAACUAUGUACAACUAGUGAUAGCAAAUCAGAUGACAAAAACGAAGGGCCGUUUGAUGAAUCAGUAGACAAAUUAAAUGAAGAAACCAAACUUGGGGAAAGAAAUCCACCUCAGGUUGAGUUUUAUGAUGAAGGAACUGUUAAAGUUAAAGAUUCUUCAUCUGAAACUUCUUCUGAUGAGAGUGAUGUAAAAGAUAAAGUUGAAGAAGUAAGAACAGAAUAUGAGCCACUUGCAAGUGAGGCAAAAUUUAUAGUGAAAUCAGAUCCUGAAAUUAUUAAAAAUAUGGAUGCAGAUGAAAUGAAAGAGAUUGAUGUAGAUAAAGCAUGCAUAGAAAAGGAGAAAAGUUUUGACAUAAUAAAAGCUCCUUCAAAAGAAACAAAUGUAGAUGAUAUAUUUGAUAAUGAUGAUAAUGAUGUUGACGAUUCACCCAAUGUUAAAAAACCUGAAACCAUUGCAAGGAAAAAAUCAAGCUCUGAAAGUUCUUCUGGUCAAAGUGAUGAAGAGAAAGUAAAAUCAGUAAGUGACAGUGACUCUGAAGACAGUAAUAAGAUAGGCAAAAAUGAACAUAAGGAUAUUAAAGUAAAUAAUGAGAAUUUGCAUGAAAGUGUUAGAAAAACUGAAGAAAAAUCUGAGGAUGAUGAAGAACUAUCAGACAAACAAAGAAGCACAAAAUUAUCAUCUUCAAGUGAAAGUGGUGAUAAAAUGAAAGAAGAAAGUGAUGAACCAUCGGCUGUAUUUAUGUUAGAAACUGUCACAGCACGGCAUUCACCUAGAAAGAGAUCUUUAUCAUCCUCAUCUAGUGAUGAAGAUACUAAAGAGAAGCAAGAGCAAUUUAAAAUGAAUACUGAUUUAAAAAUAGACACAAAAUCUGUUGAAAUUGAUGAAAAUGUAGCAGAAUUUGUUGAUCCUAAUGAAGUUAUUGUUGUAGAAAAUGUGGCAAAAGAAAUUAAAUACUCUCAACCAAAUGUACCUGUCCCAGAGUCAGAUACUGCUAAACAAGCGCUUGAUUUACCAGAGCAAGUUAUUGAUCAACCAGAAUUUAUUGAAGAUUUACAUGAUAAAGAUGACAAUGCAAGAAGAUCAUCUAAAUCAAGCAGUAGUUCAUCAGAGAGUGAUGAUGAUAAUGUCAAGAAAUCAGUUGUAGAAGAUGAUAAUGAAGUGCUAGCUUCAGAAUAUAAAGAAUCAGAAAGGGAAACAAAUCGGGUAGAAUCAUUCAUUUGUUUAGAAGAACCCAUGACUUUAGAUAGGUUUGAAAAAGUUCCAGCUAUUUUGCCAGUUGAGAACACAAAAGUGUCUACAUCUUCAUCUUCAGAAAGUGAUGAUGAAGGAGAAACUGAGAAAACUGAGAAAUCAGACCCAAUUGAAACAGAUAUUGAUAAAAUUCCUUUUGAAACAAAUGUUGAUGACUUGAAAGAGAUUAGUGAACCGGAGCAUAAAUUAAAAGAAACUGAUAUAGAUUUUCCUCACUAUGGUGAAAGCAAAAGAAAAGACUCCUCAUCAGACUUCGAAGAUGAGAAUGACAAAUUGAAAGGAGAAACUGAUGUUGAUGUUGUUAGGGAGUUAGAUUUAGAAGAUGAUAAACAAAAGCCAAGAUCAAGAACAUCAUCCUCUUCUUCUUCUUCUUCAUGUGAUGAUGAAACAAAAAGUAAGCCUGUUGUUGAAACUGAUCUAGACACUGUUACACCAGCACCCAGUAAACCUGUAGAAACUGAUAUUGAUACAUAUUAUAAAGAAACAAUGCCAACUACAGAAGAACCUGAUGUUUACCCUGUUGUAGAGGAACCAGAGCAAUCUGAGCCUGUCCCAUUUUCAGAUAUAGGAGCAGUACGACCUGAGUAUGUAAUGGAGCAAUAUCAUUCAGCCAUUCCUGUUGAAUAUCCUACAGAUUACCAGGGUGAGUCUGAACCACCUAAGGAUGAAGUCUAUUGUGAAACAACCUUGACGGUUGUUAGAAGAGUCAAAGUGAAACAAAGCUAUGGCAGUGACAAAACAGAAAAACAACCAACAUUGAUUGAGCAAAGUAUGCUUAAAAAAUCCCAACAUCCAAAAAUUGAAGAUAUUACAGAAAAAGAAACUGCUGCAACCACUGAACAUGAAACUUAUCCUGGGAAAAGGUCAAGGUCACCAAGCUGGUCAUUUGAUGAUGACCAUGUUUCCAAAAGAUUGGAUGCUGAAGACCGGUUUUAUAAUGAAAAGGAGGCCAUACCACCAGCUAGAGAAUAUAUGAUAGUUGACUCACCACAACAAAUUGGUUCCACAGAGGGCACAAGAGAAAAAUAUGUUACUCAGAGGCCAUAUGUUGUAAGAAAAGGUUCAACAAGUUCAUCAUCAUCAUCAUCCUCAUCAUCAGAUGAAGGUGAAUUUAAAGUCCAAGAUCAGGAUGAUAAAGAAGUGUUUGACCCUGCUCUACAAGGAGGUGAAAGCUUCAUGGAGGAUGUAAGACCGGAUGGUACAGUCGUCAAAACACAGAGAAUCAAACAUCUACCACGUGGGCACGUUAGCUUUGAUCAAACUGAAGAUGUUGCUUUUAUUGAGGAGGAAGGGCCAUUACGUACUGAAACAGAAAUACAAGAUGAAGAAGAAAUUCUUCAGGAUGGUACUGUUCACAAAAUACACACAGUAAGGAAACAUUCCUUGAAACAUGUCAGGAAGUCUUUACGAUCAGAUGCUGGUGAAGAAGAUAUUGUUGAAGAAGCUGAUUUUGAAUUGCCGGGCUCUGAGCAAAUUGUUGAAACAUUUCAAGAACCACCGAAGCAAAUGAUGGAAGUAGAAGAAGAAGAAGAAACUCUAGAAGAUGGCACAACAGUUAAACGUAAAAUCAUAAUGAGCAGCUUAGUGCAACAUGUUAAGAGGAGAACAAAAUCAAUUGAUGAAGGAACUGGAAUAGAACACUCUGACGAGGAAGAAGUUGAUGAGAUUAUACCAGGAACACAAACCUUCUUUGUUGCUCGUCCAGGUUCUUCCUCUUCAAGCUCCAGUUUUGUAGAUGAUCUUGAUCAAAUGGAAGCUACUAUUGAAGAGGAAGAAGAGACUUAUGAUGAUGGAACUGUAGUACAAACCACAUUCUUAGAAGCUACAGAGAAACGGAAGCAAAGGUCAAGGUCAGGAUCACUCUCUGAAAUGGAAGGUAAAGUAACAAUUACUGAGAGAAGAGUCACACCAGCGCAUACUCCAGUUAGUACACCGCCAGGAUCACCAAGAUCAAGGUCACCAGUCAAUAUAGAAGAAUUGGCAGCUAAAAUUGCUGAAAAGACUAUCAAAAAAGCUCAUUAUGAAUCAGUUCGGCAUCAAACAGAAGGUGGAGAUGUUGAAACAACUAGCGAAUAUAAAACAGAAUCAUUUGUACCUCCGGCUCGUGCAUUAGGUGAUGAAGUUAAUGAUGAGCAAGAAGAACCAGAAUGGAAGGAACUUGGAGAAACUGGUUUCGCACACAGACCUGUGACGAAAGUUUCAUACUCCCCCUCGCAAGAGAGAGAAGUAGAAUCAUCCCCGGAAGUACCCAAAUCUGUUUCCUCCAUUAUUCAGAAAUUUGAAAGAAUAGCAUCCGUAGACUCUGAUACUACCGUGUCCAAGACGACAGAACAUGAAAUCAGUAUUAAAUCAUCUCAAAAUGAAAUAGAAGGAAAAGACAUUUCAGUGGUGAAAGAGGCUGAGGGUGAAUCAAAAACUGAAAAAGAAAUAGCUGCAGUUAAAGAUAAACGUGACAGUCUUGAGGUUGAUAUACCAGAUCUUGAAAUGGCAACUGAUGCUUCACCUGGAACUCAGUUUAGACAAAUUGUUGAAGACAUUGAAGCUAAAGCUGACAGUAUAUCUAAAAAUAUUCUUGCUGAAGAUCAAACUGACUCUGAAACUAAAGUUUUGACUACAUGUCAAACAGAAAUUAUAAGUGAACAAAGUACUGAACAUUUUAAGGAAGAAGAUGAACUUUCUAAACAGGAGAAAAGACGUUCUGUAAGAGAAUUAGUCCAAAAACAUGAAUCUCUUGCUAAAGAAAGCAGUAUUGAAAAAUUAGGCAGUAUUGAUAAAGAUAGAUUAGUGAAUGAUAAAAGUAAAGAUGUUAUUGACGAGACAAUAAUAAGCAAAGUAGAAAGAAAGGAAGUAGAGGAAAUUCAAGGGAAAGGUACGAUCACAGAUGAACUUGCUGAAGAGGAACAAAAAUUGCAGCGUCUUACCGAGAGUAACAUAAUUGAAGCUGACGAUUCAGAAAGUAAAGAUUGGGAGGCAAUUGAGUCUUUAGAACUUGAAUCACCCAGUAAACUGCCGUCUCCUUUAGAGCAACAUUAUCCACUAUACACUACUGAGGAAACAAAGAUAUCAGAGGAAGAAUCAACAUAUACAACAGCUGAAGUAGAUGUUAUUGAUUCUCUUUCUGAAACAGAUGAACAACUAAUUGACAAAAAGGCAUAUGGAGAGACUGAAGAUAUUCUUCAUGAUAAAGAAUCUGAAUUAUUUAAAGAAGAUGACACAAAUAAGGCCAAAAGUCUAGAUCUGAAAGAAAUUGGUACAGUUAAACAGGUGCACUUUGCAGAAGAGAUAGAAAUUGAGGAAAAAGAUGUUGAAGAAUUAACCCCUGAUUCUGCAGUUGUAAUGAUAACAAAAGUAAAAGACACAACCACUGAAAUUAUACUUGAACCUGAUGUUGAAUUAUGUCAGGAAGAAGAAUAUGUAGAAAUAAUAAGUGAGACAGGUUUGGAUGAAACUGAAGAAGUAGAGGUUAUUCAUACUGAAAGUGAAAAAAAAGUCUCCCUAAGUGAUAUUAAUUAUCAAUCUGGAGAGAUGGUAGAAUGUGAGGAGCUUGAAUUGGAAAGUGUAGAACAGCUAAUUGAAGGAACAGAACCCAUGGAGAUUACAUUGAGUCAACCCAUGACGGGAGAGGAUUUCAUUACAGAAACAGUUGAGGAAAGAGAAUAUAUAACUGCAAAGCCUAUUGUAAUAGAUGAAAAAUUGGCCUGUGCAACUGCUACUGCUUCAGAGCCUUUGUCAAUUUAUGAUGAAAGGCCUGAUGAUAAGGAAUAUUUACAGGAUUUUCCUGAAAGUGCAGUAGGAACAGAUGAUGUUAAAAUAGAUGCCGAAAAACAAGUUGAAACAGCUGAUGAGGAAAUAAUUGAUUUAACAAAUAAAUUUGAUGAAUUACUUGAAUUUGAAACAGCGCCUCCAUCAUCAGAAGAAAUUUUAGUUCAAGCAAGAAAUGAAAUAAAAGAAACAAAAACAUUUGAUGAAAUUGUUAAAUCACAUGGUGAUGAUACUGAAUCUAAAUAUCAAAAAGAAAUGAUAAAAGAUGAUUCAUUUGAGAAACAAGAAGCGGAGAGAAAUUUAAGAAUUGAAGAGCAAGCAGAUUUCAAUCUUAAUUAUGAAGUCGGAGAAGUUGAAUCAAAGCCACCUCCGACUUUGGAAAUUGAAAUUCAACCCAGAGAAGAAAUAACAGUUAAAAAUAAGUUAAGUGAACAAUUUUCGCAAAGAGAACCUGUUGAGGAAGCAGAAAUUCUUACUGUUGAAUCUCCCGUAAGUGAUGAAGAUCUUGUUGAAAAACCAACUCAUGUUAGUAGAGAGUCAAGCCUUGAUCAUCCUGAUAAAACAGUUGAAAUCAAAGAAGAAAAAAGUGAUGAUAUUGUAGAAACAGAACUAUCAGAAAGUGAUGCAUAUUUUAAUCAUGAAAAACAAAUGAAUAGAAUAAAGCAAACAGUUUUAUUAUCACGCCAGGAAAGUAACAUUGAAAUAACUCUAGAUGAAUUUCAGGUUAAAGAUUGUGAAAAUGAAGAUGAAAUAGAGGACGAAACUCUUGAAAGUAAACAAUUUGAAGCUAAAUCUGAAGAUAUAGAAAAAUUUGAAACAGAAGAACCGUUAACAUUUAAAAUUGAUGAUUCCAGGCAUCCAAAAUCAGUUGAUAAUGAAGACCAAGUAGAUGUUGUCAUAUCAGAAGAAUUAAUAUCUGAAGAAUCAAUUAAGCAAAGACAUGAAGAUGAUGAAACAGAAUAUAUUGAAUCUGUUGAUGAAAUUCUUAGUUCUGAUGAUCAUAAAACCAUGGAAACUAAAGAGACUGAGGUUAUUGAGACAUUUAAAAUUGAUGAUUCCGGGCAUUCAAAAUCAGUUGAUAAUGAAGACCAAGUAGAUGUUGUCAUAUCAAAAGAAUUAAUAUCUGAAGAAUCAAUUAAGCAAAGACAUGAAGAUGAUGAAACAGAAUAUAUUGAAUCUGUUGAUGAAAUACUUAGUUCUGAUGAUCAUAAAACCAUGGAAACUAAAGAGACUGAGGUUAUUGAGACAUUUAAAAUUGAUGAUUCCGGGCAUCCAAAAUCAGUUGAUAAUGAAGACCAAGUAGAUGUUGUCAUAUCAAAAGAAUUAAUAUCUGAAGAAUCAAUUGAGCAAAGACAUGAAGAUGAUGAAACAGAAUAUAUUGAAUCUGUUGAUGAAAUACUUAGUUCUGAUGAUCAUAAAACCAUGGAAACUAAAGAAACUGAGGUUAUUGAGAAAGAAAUUUCGUUACAUGAAAAUGAAGAGAUAAGUUCUCAUGAAAAUGAAGGAAAGUCCUUGCAACUGGAAGGCAAUAAACCUCAAGAGGGUUCUAGAACUAUUGAAAUUGUUGAAACGAGGUCUAUUGAAUCUGUAUAUCGAAAAGAAGAAAUAGAUGAUCACUUUGAAAUUGAUGAACAGGGGUUUAAAAAAAGUGGUGAUUUUAGAAUUGAAAAUGAGGAACAAAAACAGACUGAACUUGAUGAAACAACAGCUGAAAGAGAGGAAGAAAAUAGGUGUGUUGAAAGUGCUGAUCAAUCAGAAUAUGCAAUUAAUGCAUCUAUACAAGUUGAUGGAAAGGAAAAUGAAGAAUGUAUUGCAACUGAAUCUGAACUUGAAAAAAGAGAUUUCAUUCACAUAGAAAGUAAGACAUCUGAAACAGAAACGUAUAUGUAUACUAAAACUGACUUGACGGAAACAUUACAAAGUAAAACAAGCAUUGAACAUGUUGACAGUUCUUUUCAAGAAAACCAGGAGGUAAUAACUGCAUUAGAAAAAAAUGAAAAAGCUGAUUUCAUCGAAACAGAAAGUAUUGAUGAAGAACCAGAAUUAUCUGAAACAUCAUUUCAUGAAAGAAUUUACACAGAUAUAAUGCAAGCUGCAGAUGAAGAAAUGGAGGGAGAACCUGUAGGGUUUUCUGUUGAACCUAGUUCAGAUGAUGAAAAUGAAUAUGAAAAUGAAGAAAAGGCAUUUGUUACAUUUGAUCUGGAUGAAGUUGAUGAAAUCGCUGAAACUGAGUCAUAUUUAAGAUCAGAAGUGAAGAGGGAUGAAUCUGAAAGAAGUGAAUAUACAGCUGAAGUGAUAGAAAUAAUAGAAGGUGAUGAAGAUGAAGACACAAUUCCGCCCAGUGCCUCAUUGGUUAGUGAAUUUGUUGAAUCUGAAGAUGUUGUUUUACCUAAAGAAAUAACACCAGAGUAUAGUUUUACUGACAGAGUUGAGCAUAAGUUGGAGAUGGAUGAUGAUGAAAAAAAUGAAAUAAGUAGCAUAAAAUCAGAUGAAAAAGUUGAUAGGAUAUUAAGUGACAAAAAAGAAGCUAUAGAAUCUAGUGAAUCAGAAACAUACAAAUCUUGUGAAACCGACUUAGACAAAUAUGAUAGCAAUGAUUUAGAAUUAGGCAAAGAAACAGAAAUUAAAGUACAAGAUUUUAUAGAUGUGUGUGAAAUUGAGAAAGAUGAAGUUAUUGAAAUUGAUUAUAAAUAUGAUGUUGAUGAUUUUGAUGAAUCUUAUAUAGAUAGAACAGAGAGAUUCAUAGAAUUGUCAAGAGAUGGUUUUGAAAUAUCUGAUCAGAGACCUAGUAAGACAGUUCUAAAAAAUGAUUUUAACACUGAAACAAACUUCAUUCUUGAAAGUUCAUCAAAAACAGAAUUUAAAGGACAGGAUUCUGAUUUCGAAAAAGUUACAGAAGACACAGCACAAGAUCACAUGGAAGACAUUGAAUCUGAUUCAAUUGAGGAUGAAGACGUAGAUUCAUACAUUGAGAGAAGAUCUCAAAGAUCUGUAGAUGCCGAACAACAAAGUACAAAAAGUUCUGAAAGACCUCUCUCACCGACAGACUAUACUCUUGAAAUGGAAGAAUCUGCAAUGGCAGGUGAUGGCCAAGAGGCAGAUGUUGAUGAAGAUGAUGAUGAUGAACAAGAAGAGGAUGUAAUCAAUGAACCAGAGGGAAGAAUAUCAGCUGAUGUUUCGCAGCAAAUUUUUAUUGAGCAAAAAAUUGAAAAAGACAAGGAAACUCGAGUUGACAAAAUAAGAGAAUCGGGAGAUGGGGAGGAGAGAGUUGAAGAAGUUCCACCUUCUCCUUCUGAGUAUACUCUUGUUACAUCUUAUGAACAAGAGAAACUAAAACAGAUUCUAGCCUCGCCUGAAAAAAGGUCACCUCUUUUGGCAAGGGUAUUUCGUGAUGAAGCCAUGUCAGUAUCAAUGGAUGAAUCAGUAUUGCAAAAAGAACUUAGAAUAGAAAGAAAUAUCAUGAGUGCAUCUUAUGAUGAGGAAGCUUUAAAAUAUGUUUAUGACGAAGAAGAUAUAAUGGUUUCCUCUGCAGAGCAUGUCAUGGUAGACUCAUUGGUAGCUUCAUCCCUUGAACCAGAGGAUGUCCGAGUAUCAGGCAGUGUGUGCUCAGGUAAAGAUGAAGAUUAUUCUGUUUCAUCAUCUGAGCAUAAGUCAGAUGUUAUGACUGACUCCUAUGACCAAGAUUCUCUUCAAAAGUCUGGAGGAUCAGCAAGAGAAAGUAGUUUAGCUGAUUCAAUGGACCCAGAAAUGCUGCAGAGAGCAUUAGGUAAAGAUUCUGAUUUGAUGGCAUGUUCAAUGGAUCAAGAGGCUCUUCAAAGGUCACUUGGACUUGAAAGUGACAUGUCCUCAUCUAUGGAUCAAGAUAUAUUGAAAAGAACUCUUGGUCUAAAACAGACAGAUAAUAUAAUGACAGACUCUCUUGAAAAAGAACAAAUGAACAAGUCUUUAGAGGUUGUUAAAGAAGAAGUAGCUUUGACAAAUUCAUUAGAUGAUGAAAUUAUGGAAAAGGCUUUAGGUUUUGGUAGAGUAUCUGCAAUGGAAACAUCAACUAGCCAAGAUGGUCUCAAAGUUUCACUAGGUGACAAAACAGCAGAUUUAAUGACAACAUCGCUUGAGUUUGAUGAUUUAGAUGCUUUGCAUAGAUCUUUAGGUUUGGCUGGAAGUGAGGGACAAGAUCAGUCAUCAAAAAUUUCAGAAAUUGCAGAAGUAACUGAAGAGUCUCAAGCUACAGAAAUGUCAGAAGGGAUGCUUGAGUCUCUGGAUGAAGAAGCAUUAAAAAAGUCUCUAGGGAUGAAACCAGCAGAAGAUAUUAUGGCAUCUUCCAUGGAUCAGGAUGCCCUGAAAAGAUCUUUAGGCUUAGAUCAAGAAGACUUAAUGGCAAGUUCAAUGGAUACUGAUGCACUAAGAACCUCUCUAGGUUUAGAUAAAAUACAAAGUAGUGAUGAUGACAGUGAAGAACUCAAACUAAUAAAAUCAAGGGAGUUUGACCCAAUGAUGGUCUCAAUGGAUCAAGAAGCAUUAACUACAUCUUUAGGACUUGAUAAGAUUGAAGAAGAAAAAUAUGAAAGUAAAUUUGAUUCAUCUGAUGAUAAAGGUGGGGAUGCUAAAAAGGAACAAAUGAUGAUGUCUAUGGAUGAAAAUGCAUUCAAGGCUUCUCUUGAACAAGAUGAGUCAGAAGAUAUGUCAAAACACACUGAAGAGCAUGUGGAUGAUACUUCAGCCAUGCAUGUUACAGCAGACGAUAAUGCUUCUAUAACAUCAAGUGAACAAGCAGCCAUAAUUCAAACUCCUGACCAAUCAGAUAACAACACUGUUUCGGGCUUUAGCAAUGACUUUCCAGAGUCAGAAAUUCCACCUCCUCAGCCAAUGGAACUGGAAGUUCUGGCGGCUGAGGAGCGCAAAAAGAUGGUUUCCAGUUAUGAAAAUGUUUAUACUGGAGUUCCACUUGAGCCUACUGUCAACAGAAUGUCUAUGGACGCAAGUGAAAUGGAUAUUGGCGACCGUUUUGAUACAAAACAACCUGAUUCUAAACUACAUUCAGGUUUAUCUUCAAGUUAUGAAAAGUUGUAUGAUAAAACUGAGGAUAAAAGUGAAGAUGAAGGAAGUGACAAAGGAAAAACUUAUACUGAAGUAGGAGUAAGCAAAGAAGGACUUACAACCCAGGAAUUGAGAGAGCGUCAGCAACAACGUAUGUUGUCUAUAGACGAUGACGAUGGUACAACUGAGUACGAUCCUCACGAACACGCCGAGAGUUUACGGCACGGAAUACCCGACCAUUUUGCUCAGAAAACAGGUCCUGUAUUUAUCGACCCUCAGUACGGGGAUUCUGAAGAGGACGAGGUCGUAGAAUAUCAAGAUGACGAAGAUGAUGAUGCUGGUGGAGCGGAGGGCGGGGAUACUCAAACAACAAGAAUCACAAUGAAGAAAGAGAUUCACACAACAACCGUACUUAAAGACGGCAAGGAGGAAACCUUGGUGGAGGAGGACUCUAAAGUAGAGACUGACCCAAACGCGCCAGAGGAGUUGCGCGAGAGCAUGCGGCAAAUCAUUGACGAAUUCAUGGGAAGUCCUACAGAAGCACAAAGAACCCUUGAACAUGACUUUUAGGAAAAGAACUCUUCAAAUUGGAGACAAUUUUUAGUCUCUUUGUGACAGGAUAAAAGACAAUAUUUGAUUGGUUGUUUUUUUUUUAUGUGGUACACUACAAAAAAAAGUCUGAAAAGAUGGGAAAAUAAUCAUUUUGUCAUUAAAAUCAUGUUGUCUUAACAGGAAGAAUAAAUUAUCUGGAGCAAUAUAUGUCUUUUACCUUCAACCAAAAUGUUUUGUGUAAAUCAUCUUACUUAUAUCUGGAAAUUUUUUUGUCAAAAUUCUGACUAAUAAUAGAUCUACUGAAAAAUAUGUAAAAAAGCAUUAUUUUGAAAAAUACAAAUAUUUUCAUUAUUUAAUCAUUUAUAUAGACUGUAUUACCUUUGAUUUUCAUAUAAUUAUUUAUAUUUAAACUGUACACUUUUAAUCUAAUUAGGCUUUGUAAUUGGCACAAGUAUUCAUUAAUUAAAUUUAAUUAAGAAAAAAAUAAAACAUGCAUAUUUUAUUACUUAAAUCAGUUAAUCUAGGAAAUGUUUAUGACUGGCCUUGUAACAAGUUUUUACUAACUUCUAUUUCAUUGUUGCAAAUUUUUCCAAGCUGUUCACUGAAACAUUACAUUCUUCUAUAUCUUGCCUAACUCAUUAUUGUGGUUGAUCACUAAUUAACUUGAGCAUUUUUGUCAAAGAAGCUGAUCAAAGAAUCAUUAGAAUAUAUGGAACUCGUCAUAGAAAUUUUGUACACCGUGCACAUGGGUUUAUGUAGAUAAAAGGACAAAAAAUAUACAUGAAUAAUUCUGUAAAUGCAACAGGAAAUUUGGGCACAAGUCUAUCUCCAUGCUUAGAGAGUUUCUAUUUAUUUCCAAUGAUUUACUAGGCAAUUCUGUGACCCCUAUGAAGUAGCUAUUCCUCAUUCCUUUCCAGUAAAUGUAGGAGAUAUAAUAAUGUCUCACUGCAAUGGAUUUAAUCAUUUUUGGAUGCUUGAAGUAUUUAUUUCUUAUCUUUAUUCAAUAGUUUAUAUUUUGCAGAAGCAUAGUUCAUCGGCUGUACACAUAAAAUAUGAAAUUUACCAUAAAAUAUAAAGUUUAUCGGCUGUAAAAUAUUAUUGGUAUUUCUAUAGAUUGAUUAAAUAAAAUAGAUAAAUAUGUAUUAUAUAAUAAGACAAUUAAUAUAUUUUGCAAAAGCUUAACUAAUAUCUUAUUUUUAUUGAAAAUACCAAAUUGUAUAAAUACUUUGUUUUGGUUAUUAUACUCUUUAAGGAAAAUGAAACAGUGUUUAUAAAGCCCCAUCUUAAUCAUUGUUUCAUUUCUUUUCAGAGUAUUUCCAAUCAAGUUUCUUUCUUCACAAAGUUUGUGUUUUUGAAAUUAUUUUUGAAGAUUUGAAAUUAUUUUUGAAGAUUUUUAAGUCAAACAAAUGUAUCAUUUAAAUAUUGUAAUAAUAUUCAAGGGAGGUUACUCACAGAGGAAAAUCUAUAUAAUUCUGUACUUUGUUAUCUUUCUUUCUUUAACACUUGAGCUUUCUAUACUGGCAUAACCAGAUUGUUAAACAGUUAACCUAGAUACAUCAUUAUAUGUUGUGAUUUUUUUGUCUAAUUAAACUGCUUCCAGUAUAAA